CAUAACCUCGCUUUUAUCAAACUAUCUAAGGAAUCGAUAUUUGUUUGCAAAUAAAAGGACACGGAGAUAUGAAAAUUCAAACCAAAUAUCAAUUUAGCUUGGAGAAAUCUUCUUAGGGAAAUGGGCAAAAAGUGCUGCGUGCCUUUUUGUCACACGGGUUACACAAAAUACAACGAAAAGCAUCCCAUGUAUGGGGUUCCCAAAAAUGAUUUCUUCUUGGAUAAAUGGCAGGAGGCUAUCGCGAGAGCGGACCGUCCUAUUACCCCCAACGACUGUGUUUGUCAGAAACAUUUUAAAGCCGACGAUUUUAUCCACAGCAGGGUUGUCAAGGGAGAAAUAGAACAGUAUAAAGUACCCAAGUUACGACCCGAUGCUGUUCCCUCAAUUUUUCCAGAUUUUCCAGAGGCUAUACAUGGUACUGUGAGGAAAAGAAGAAAACUACCAGCUGAAUUGGAUACUGAGCCGAAAAUAGGGGAUACUGAAAGAGUUUAUGUUAAAAUUAAGUUGGAAAGGGGGGAAGAAGGAACUAAUUUAGAAGAACAAAGUAAAAAUAACAGUUCUAGUCGUUAUCUAGUCAGUAAUGUGGAGGAUAUUAAACAAGAAGUGUUAAUAAAGUCUGAAGAUGGUAAUAUGCAAGAGGAACAUUGUUCAGAACAAAUAAAUAACAUCAGUAGGGAGGAGGAAGUUUCAGAUUCAGGCGAUACAGGGGUUGGUACCUUCAAGUGCAAUCAUUGUAACUACAGGAGCAAAUGGCUACACAAUGUUCAAACCCACCAAACAAAGCAUCUGGAAGGUGAAGAGCACUACUUUCGUUGCAAAUUCUGUCCAGAUUUUAAAUCAAAAUGGAGGAACACAUACAAAAAUCAUAUGAAAAUAAAACACAGUGUGGGAAAGUACCAUCCAGAGUAUCUACAGUGUCCCCAUUGUGACUAUCAGACAAAAACAAAAAUCAAUUUUGGAAGACACAUGAAACAACACGAAUUGAAAACUAUGAGUGAGAAAUUUCAGUGUGAAAAGUUUGAAUGCGAAUUCAGUACCAAUAGCAAGUCAUUGUAUACAUUUCACAUGAAGACUCAUAAGGAGUACAUCCAGCAGAACAAAAGUAUUCAGUGUAAGGAGUGCCUUUUUGAGGCGGACUCCAAGAAGAAACUGAAAAUUCAUGGGAACACCAUGCAUGGUAACAGUGGUGGAGUAUUGGAUUUGUCAAGCAAUGCUGGUGUAAACAUGAUAUAAGACAAAAACAUCAAAUAUAUAAGGUAAAGGUUGAAAAUAUUUUGAAGUGUUUUACAAAAUGGUGGGAACUCCACAUUAACUAUAUUUUUUCCAGAUUAAUUCUUUUGUUUAUCUAGUCAUUUUUUUUUAAAUUUACAAUUGUUUUGUUUAUAUAGUUUAUUUGUUUGAAUUAUUGUCAUUGCAAUUAAUAAAAAUAUAUUAAUAAUAAGUU